AUGAGCUCCAUCAUGGGGGAGACAGCCGAGUACCAGCGGCUGCAGGACACGUCAGAGUCUGAUUAUCAACGCCUGCCCAGCGAUGAUGAGGAGGUACAUCUCCAGAGUUUCCUUUUAUCAUAGUCGUGUUUAUGCUGCACUUGCAGCUGUGUGCAAACAUGGAUGACAUGUAGACAGUGAGGAGCAGUUUCAUCAGGUAUUAUGGCUCCUGUCAGGGAGAAAUGAAAGGGUGAGAAAUGAUCGAGGCUUUGCUGUCCACUCAUUAGUAAACACAUCUGCUACUAAAGAAAAUACACAAACAUGAUUUUAUUAUUUGCAGUAAUGAUUGCAAGUGUUGUUCCUUUAUCUUGACCAAAUAUGAAAAUGUUCAUUUUUUAUUUUGCUGAUUGUAGUGACUUUACUGCUCAGAGUCAGGGUCACAGGCAGGUCAGUGGUUUUUUAGGACAUUUCUUAAUAGACGGUUAAUCAUCAGCACCUGACUAAGCUGCAGGCGGGGAUCUGUCAAGAUGAGUCCCCGUCAUAGAGCACACAUCGUAAUGCAACAGUAAAAACACAGGUGUAUUUACAAUCUCUGAUGACUGAGGAUGUAUUCAUGAUUUUAGCAUGAAUGCUAAGUCUGCUGGGGACAUUACAGCUGAGUUAAAGUAUUUGAAACAGUAAGAAACGGUGUUGAUGUAAAAAAAUUUAAAUUAAAAAAAAUUCAGAACCUAUCUAUCAACAGUCUAAAUCAUCAGCAUCACCCAUGGCUGACUCUCACUUCAGUAUCCACACUUUAGGUUCCUAGUUAAAUCACAAUACAUGAACAUCAACACGGCAGGUUAAAAUCUUUAGUGUUAAAAUGAUCCUUUACUGUUCAAAAGUUUCUCACAGGGAGCUAAACUUUUUUGGAGUCCUCUUCAAAACAAACGAGUCUUAAGAUUGAAUCAGCACAAACAGAAUCAAACAGUGAAAGUUGAGUUCACUUACUGCUCAGUGAUGUGACUGAAAUCUUUGAAGUAAUUGAUGAAAAUGUGUUAGUAUCCUGGAAACAGUCGUUCCUUGUGAAAACUCUUUUCUAAUAUCCGUCAGAAAUGGUAGAUUAUGGAAAAACUCCACAGAACCCAAAGAGUAAGAGUAUUUGGUAUCAUAGAUUUCUGUCGCACAGAAGCAGCUCUUCACACUCACAUGUCACCAUCACCCCGCACACUCACCACACUUAUCACCUCUCACCCACACACCAGACCAGCCUGUGUGUAUAUGUGUGUGUGAAGUGAUUUAUUGAAAUCAGCUCCAUGAGGUCAUUGAUGAAGUGCGGCUGAGAUUGAUGUCAGACAUUUAAGUCUCAGAAAAUAUUAGAUUUUUUUUUUUUCCUCCCACUCUUUCCGCAAACCCCUACGUCCUUUCACUUAUGCUGUGACAAGGCUGCCCGUGCUGUGGGUCUGGAUGAGGCUGGAAGUCUAUUUUCCACAAAGCUGUAGGUCUGAACAUGUGACAACAUUCUGGGAUGUGCAGUAACACAGUUUAUAUCCCAAGAAGAAAAUGAGAUUGAUUCAGUUUUUGCUCUGUGUCUCUGAAGUCGUUCAUGGAUAGUACGGCCUAAGAAGAGAGAAAGAGAGAGUGGGGGGAAGACAUGCACCAAAUCAUACUGGGAUUGUGGAUCAAUCUUACAACCAGUGUGAAGAUGACUGUACCCUCUGUAGACCUACAUGGGGUCUCUGGUUACACCAGGGAAACUAGACUUUAUGUUGUCAAUAAUAGCUCCCUUUUUAUUUCUCAGACAGAUGAUGUUUCUCCUUUUCAAGAUCAUGCAGCAAAACAAGACCAUUUCUCUGCAGCAUGAUAUCCAGAUCAUCCCAGUAAUACGUCCCAUAUCAUGGAUUAUGACCAGUGCUGCCUAAUCUGUUUACAUUAUUCAUGAUUGUCAAAGCAAAAUAAAAGUAUACUGCAGAUAAUGACCGGGACAAAGCAUUAGGCUUUACCCUAACACGAAUAUAUUCCAUUAUGCCCAUCCAUUUCUCUGACCCAGCCCAAAGUCAGCCUUUCCAUCUGUCUGGACUAUAUCGAGACAACCCUGUAUCCAUUAGUAAAUUAUUUAUUUUUUGGUUCUUUCACUAAUAUUUGCCCAAAGUUACUGUUUUAUUCUACAAAUAUUUUCUUCAAAAAUGUGUACUUUUAGUAGAAAAGGAAAAUAUGGUGUAAUGAGGAAUAAUUUGCUCCAAAAAGACAAACCACUCUGAAAGAAGAAAAUAUUUUACUCUGAUUAAUUUUGUCUGAGGGAAAACGGCAUUUCUGCUUAAUAAAAUGCAAUAUUUCUCCCAACUUCCAAACAACAAACUUUCAGUCAAGUCUUAAAAUAACAGAUAUGACAUCUGUUUAGAAAUAACACAAAGAUUUUUUCAGUCAAGUGUUUGUACAGCUCAAAAUACUUUCCUUCUUUUCAUAUCUUUAUGUAGUUCUGUGGUAACCUCUUCUCUUUUAUUAAACACUAAAUUCAAAUACAAGGUUGGAUGUUUUGUAUUAUAUACAACACAUCUAUACCAUAAAAAUCUUUACUUUUAAACUUCAAACUAGAGAUCUAGAAGUGCACAGAAGCUUUUACAUUUUCAUUGAAUACAUUUUCAUUCAGAAUAUAUAAGGCUUUUGUAGAGCUGGAAUUGGGAACCGUAAAGGGCAUCCCUGUUGUCUUAUUGAUUAAUGUUAUUUUGGAUUUAUUCGAAACAUACAUUUUUGUUUAGUUAAACUUAACACACUCCUUUUGAGCUUUAGAAAUUCUCUCUAUUAUUACUAGAGCAAAAUUAAAAAGUAACUGUGGCACCUAAAGCUGACCCAGUCUGUGUUUAGUAAGUAUAGAAAAGCAGCUCAUUGACUGAUGUGUUGCUUUCUGCAACAGUUUGCACAUUCAGACCGUUGCACUGUGUGCUGCGUUCAGGGUCUGUGUGCUCGUUCUGCAGCCAUAAGCUGGCACACACUGCAGCUGUUCUACACGCUGGAGGCUGGAUCUGAUCACAGCUGCAUGUUAGCGAUAAACACAGAGCUUUUUAGCUUGAACACAACCCUCACACAUCCUUCCAUGAGAAAAUUGGAGAUGUUGUCAUCUCACUGACACUCUUUUAUUCUUCACUCUCACACUGAGGUUUUCUGUUGCUUUUAAAGGGAUUGAUUUAUGUGCUCCAUAUCUCAUACUUACAUUUGAUUUUGAACUUAAGUUUCACUUGCUGUUCACUGUCAUUUGGAGGUCGACUUGACACUUGACCGACAUUUUUCAUCAACACCCUCCUUUCCCCUCUUAACCAGCUUUAGGGGGAUCAGAGGAAUGAUGGCUUAGGUCGGGUGUUUUCCAGGGUUAAGGAACAUUAGGAAGCAUAGUGGGGGUUGUUUUGGUCGUCUGGCUUUAUGCAUAUUAGUCCAAGCAGCCAAAAGAGGGCACAUAUGCUUUGUUUUUCAGCCUGGGAGCAGCCCGUCUGCACCCCAAAUCUUUUUACAUUCCCACAGUCAGUUUUCAUUAUCAUUGACUCCACCACCACCACAAAAUGCCUCUCUUCUGCUGACGGAGUGGAGGAUGAGGAUGAGGAUGAGUGAGGGGAUUUGAGGAGAAUGCUAAAGCCAGGCUUAAGGGAGGGUCUUUACAUGAGAUCAGGAGUGAUGCAUCUCUCCAUCAUUUGUUUGCGUUUGUGUAUAUUUUUCUUGCGCUGUCGUAGGGAUUUAUCCUGUUUGCUCUACUGCUCCUCCACUUUGCUCUGCUACUUCUUGGCUCCAAACACCAAACCACAGACUGAGGCUUUGCCACCAAAAGUUUGCAACUUAUUCAAGAAAUGCUCUGGCAGCAUCCCCCUCAUGUGUGUAUCUAGUAAGCUUUCUUAAUUCUCAACUCUUUACGUCAGUGUGAAUCCAGCCGGCUAAGUUGCAUGCCUCUGCGUGCCUGUGUCUGUGUCUGCGUACUACAGUUAGCAUCAUAUUUCAGAAUGAGGUUCAGUGUUUGUGUGUGUGCGUGUGAGUACUUGGACUUAAUACAGACCUCACACAGCGCUUUGUUCUUCAUAAUCUCAUUAGCCGGCGAGCCACUAAUUUGAUGCCAUUCAUGAUAAUGUCAUCUACACGGUCAGACGUUUGACUUAGGCUUUACAGUAUUAGCAUCCUUUCAUAUUUUAUUUGAACAUCCACUGACUCAUGUUACUGUGUGUGUGUGUGUGUGUGUGUGUGUGUGUUUGUGUGUGUACUAUGUGUACAGAAACUGCUGUAAAUAAGUAAAUAUAAAAAUAAACUAAAAAAGAAUAUGAUAUUUUUUUUUUUGAUAUUUUGGGUCUUCAUUGGGUUGAUAUGGCAGCAGAAAUAGCAGAAAAUUAGGGGCUGCAGAUUGGAUUUGCACCUGUCACCUACUGUACAUCACCGAGCCUUAUGGGGGGCAAACAUAAACAAUGGGCCAAACCAGUGUCUUGAAAAUACAUUUUAUGAUCUGCAUCAAAAGAAUCACUCAGAAAACAAUUAAAUGUGAGCACUUCAAGCUGAACACAGGAUCUACCUGAGAGUAAACCUUGUCAGAAUGGUUUGCAAAGUGUGUCUACCAAAAGCAGAGUUAGCACCAGCAGGCUUUAGUCCUCAUUGUAGAUUAACAUCCACAUACUUGCGAUCCAUGCCAGUUUAAUCAAACAUCGCCUAUAACUCUAUAUCAGUUUUCUCAAUCAAAAUAUUCCCAAUCUCAGCUGUGCUACAAGCUUCUAUCUCCCGUUUUAUUUACAUGUAUGUAGGCAGUAGAGUAUUAUAGCACAACGACAGCAGCCAUAGCUGGAGCUACAGCCCCGGCUGAACUGUAGCUUCAACACAAUGUGUGACUCACAUCUAGGGUUUAAGGGAUAAAGAUAUUAAUAAUUCAUUUAGCUGACUGGGAAUUAUGGUGUCAAAUGGUUGGAGUAAAGUCUGAUGAGCAGUUGACUAAACAUGCACAUCCCUGAUGCCGUGCUCCAAAAUCUGUUGCCCACUUAGCAGCUAUGACAGGGUGUUCAUAAAACUGACUGUAAUGUCGGUUCAACACCAAAAUAAGAACAUCUUUUGCCACUGUGCAGCUCAUUUCCAUUGCAUCAUGUAUUAAACAAUAGCUGUUUUAUUUAUUUUUUGUCUUUUAUCACAAUGCAUCAUUCCCGUCGACCUGCAAAUGUUUCUCCACUUUUACAAUGCACUUUCGGAAAUUUGGGGUACAUUUCAAGAGUACAUUCAUACAGUCAGACAGCACAAAAAUGGCAGGCACAGUUUAUGGUUAAUUGUGUGGUCAGGAGGAUCUAAACUUUUAAUCACAACAAAAACUACCAGUCUGAUAUUUUGUGUCGAUCAGUCUCCCUUAAUGAAUUAUCAGACGUGAAAACUGUUUUGAAAGAGCACAACUUUGUCUUUACACUUAGUAAAUAUUUCAGUAGACUGUCUCUAUACCUCUUAGAUUUCACAGCUGUUAACUGAACACAGUCAGCACCAUUUGACCCAUAACCCAGAUCACUCAUCCACCAGCUGAGUCCUCUAUCUCUAGUAUAGUGCUCUCUUGUGGUGACACGGUGUAACUGCAGUUCAACCUACUGACCAGUAAUCGUCUUGGUUAAAUCUGCUUAGUCAGGGGGCAGCUGACAGCACUGUGACACAUUCCUGCCUCUGGUUUAAAACCACCAAACAACAUCACAUACUUAGUGUUCAGUAGACACGACGCUGACACACAUACAGCACCCUGCUAACAUCCCCUCCACAGGUGCAGGCAUAUCACCCUCUUUUUUUCCUGCUCAUGCUCUGUCUGCAGUGAUGUAAGAGUGUCGCCUUGUCCUUCUUCUUUGGUGUUCUUUCAAGAAAGAGGCAGAUUUUUCACCAGGGUUGAGUUUUUUUGUCCUCCAGCUGCUGAUUUUAAGGAAUGUGGUCUUCUUUAUAUCAUCUGUUUUAUAGUCAUCAUAAGAGUUACAUAACUGUUCCUACACUAAAGCAAAUGUUAUUUUGCUAUUUGUCAAAGCCAUAAAGUCCACUCUACUGUGAGCGAGUCCUUCCUGAAGCACAUUAGCCCAGUUCAAGAGAGGUCUGAGCUGAGAUCAAGAGGACUUCUGGGAGUUUUGAUGCCAUUAAUGGAAAAGCUCACUUCAGGGAGCUAUACUGCCAGGCCUGGAGUGAGUGAGUUUAUUGUGCGUGUUUUCAAAGAAAAUAAAGGGUGGAGAAAGGUCUUUUAUUUUUUUCCCCCUCCUGUUCUGUCAUAUCCUGUGUGUCUGAUGAUUUAACACCAGACUCAUGACGUCACCUCUGCGUCUAAGAAUGAGACAGCUGAGGCGAAGUGAGUCCAAAAGUAACACACACUUUAGCUCUUUAAACACUGGAUGGUCAACUUGCCUAAAACAACUACACUCAGGAACAAAAUGUUGCUGUAGGCAUGGAGGACUUUUGGGGCGGAAUACACUGUGACGGUCACAUACCAAACAUGACACAGAUGCAGUAUCUAUUGAAUUUGCAGCACCAGAAGUAAAAUACAUUUUAAUCCAUUCAUAGCUAAGGUGGAGAAUCAGCAGGGGACACACAAUAUGGUAUACAGUCUGAGUUAGUGAUAUUAUCAGGAUACUGCAACACAAUUAUGGUAGAUGUAGUGAGUGACAAUAAUGAUAAAUCCUGUUAUCUGAUUAACAGAGGGAUACUGAAUGCCCUUAAAAGGGUGAAAUGCAUGAUGGAAAUGCAUUUCAGGUGUCAAUAAAUUAGGCAGUAAUUUGCAUACAAGAAUCUGUGGCUAUGAGUCCACAGAAACUUUCUCUGCAGAUUUGAGUACAUCCUCCACCUAUCCUUUUGUCUGAACAGAGACAGCUGGAGCAGCUUUCACUCUCUUUCUUCUUUUUGGUUGUAACAGUACAGCUUUUUUCUUCUUGUCCCCCCCUCUGUCUCUUGCUGUUGACUUUUUCAUCCUCCAUCCGACAGACAUUGAUAAGUAUUUUGUGCCACCACUAUUCAUAAUGCAGUCUGUCACAAAGAUUUUUGGCUCUUAAACUGAAUUAAAGACUGUUGUGAUUCAAUGCAAAAGGCCUAAAUUACACAAAGUUAAUGACUUUUUCCCAACAUGCUUAUGAUGUCAUUUAUUUAAGGUGUGUCAUCAGCUACUGUCUAAUGACAGUGUUGCCUUCAGGGGCAAUAGUAAUUUUCCGAGUCUCUAGUGUAAAUUGUUAUCAGGGUAAUUUGUUACCUGGGCCAACACUCUCUUCUCCAUGUGUGGUGACUGUUUACAGUCCUAAGAUGUGGCUUUGAAAUACACUUAGGGUAUUUCAUAAGAAAUACUGCUGCUCAUAAGUUACACAGCCUACCAAAUGGCCCUUGGUGGCCACCAUAACCAAACAGCAUAUCCACCCUUAACAGAUCCAGGCUAUGUUUAUGUGAGCUCCAGGUAUUGACUGCACUGAUGAUACUACUCACCCACUUGGCUGCUGUUCGUCCCCACACCCCAACCUUGGAUAUGAAGUUGAACUAGAUGCUGACAGACACCAUCUAUGCCGGGAUUAAAUUGUUCUCGUGUUUUUUAGGGGGUUGAGUACAUGGCAAAAGACAACUUUUCCACUCCAGGAUGUGGAUUGCUUGAGUCUAUGAAUUCUGGUCACACAACUUGUCAAUACUUUUCAGACUAUAGUUGGAAAUCUGUAUUUUUUUGACCCGUUAUAUCAUGUCACUAGCCUUCAAAUUCUGCAUCUCAUACAGAACCUGACCUAAAUUUCAUGUUUACAUUGUUUCCGAAUUAUUAGUAAAAUUUUGUCAAGUCUUUUGAAAAAUACUGUUUUAAAAUUCUGAUACAAUCUGCUCAGAUAACUCAAAACUCACUACAAGUGUUGCUGAGAACAGAGACACAACCUAUCACAAAAACAAAACCAUAUAAAACAUCCACACAUGCUCUCCAAAAAUGUCUGUUUUCCUGCCUUUAAUUAAACUCAGACAUUUUAUGACAGCAUCCUCAUUUUGUUGUUCUUCUCCCUUCUCUGUGUGACUCCACCGUCUGCUCACCUCCCUCUCUUCCUUCCUCCAGUAAACCUGAAUCCUCCUAAUUAAAAACAGAGGAGAAAGAAAGAGGAGUUACAGAGGGGGAGCAGAAAAACACCUAUAGUGAAAAGCCAAGUCAAAUGAUGAAUAGAUUGAUUAAGUAGCAGAGAGCAGAGAGAACAAAAAGCUGUGAAAUCAGGAAAGCAAAAAGCUUAAGAGAGUCUGUAAAGGGAGAGAAAGAGAGGGGGCUCGCUGCCACUGAGGCUCUGAAAAGCAGCUGGUAAGGGUUUGUUUAUAGUCGGCAGAGGGGGAGAGAGAUAACAUUUUUGGAGGAUUAGAGGCAGGAAAUAAAAGGCAGCACCAAAUAAAGAAGAAAAUGCAACGGGCUGGCCAGACUUGAGGGAAGGAGAGAAGAAAAGAGGGAGGGGAGAUAUGAGAAAGAGAAGGAUUAAUGAGGGAGUGAAGGGCAAGGAGGAGAAGGGUGAGGUAAGGGCGUAUAUUCAGCUUUGGUAAAACAUUAAACACGUCAUUCAGACGGAGGAGGGAGAGUGAUGUCAGGUGGUGGAGGCAGGUCCUUGUUAAGAUAAUUGGUUUUUAUUUUCAGCUUAAGUCUUAGUCACCGACAUCUGCUGCCUUUAUGACUUCUGCUCACCAGUCAACAGACCUUUCCACACUUUCCUCGAAGGAUUUAGUCAUGCAGAUUAGUAACCUCAGAGGACUUCAUCCUGGGAAAAUAUAUGUCAAAACCAGUGGUGUGAGACAUUUCAGUGUUUUGGCUAGAUGUAAACGGUACCGUAACUGUGUUUUGAUUAAACAUUCGCUAAAGUAUUUUAUAAAAGUUUUGUGUUGAAGUUAACCCUUGAAGUUGUGUUAAUAUUAAAAAUUUCAGAAAAUUUUAAAGAAUUUUAUUUAAUUUUUUUCUGCCAAUGUAUAUCAAUCCCAAACAUUGAUUAUUGGUUUCAUGAACUACUAAUGGUUGGUAUCGGACUAAAAAAACACUAUCAGUUGACCCCUACAUUAAGAUGAAGAUGAGAAAAAAAAUCUAUCAACUUCAUGAAGUGAUUAGUUAAAUGGCUUAUUUAUAAAAAUGCCAAAAUGUAGCACAAAAAAGGGUCUACACUUUCCCCAAAUAGCUUGUUUAUCCAGCCAAAAUUAAAAUCCACAUUUCCAAAAAAAAAAAAGAACUAAACUAAACAAAAACUCACACAUAAAAUGUAAAAAAAUUACUUUGUUUGUCUCUAAUAAGUUAGUAAUCUUAUAGUUUCAACCCGUCUUGCUGUUUGUUCAUGAAAUCUGCAGUUCUUAGGGUUAGGUGUGAUUUUACACACUGUAAUUGUCUGGUUUUUCACGUUAUUUGCUUGGCUAGAAACAGCAACAUGUCCUGAUCAACAUCUAGAGCUCCCCCUACUGACUGGCUGCAGUAUAGAUCAGUAACCAUGUCAUUAGUUAGGUUAAGUCUCGACCAAGCAGCAAAAAACUAAGUCCAUACAGCAGUUUUAAGAAACAGCAGUUCCUUGGAUUUGAAACGUGAGAAAUCUUUGUAAGCUUUCAUGUUAAAAUGCUCAACUUAACAGCAGAAAUAAACAUGUCUGCAGCCUGAUUUCCCUAUAAUCUGUCCAUUUUUGAGGCCAAGACUUCAGAAUAAUCAUACAGUUCAGGAGGUGCUGUUUUUACUCAGGUUCUGUUGCUAUUUAUUUACCUGAACUCCCAUAAGGACUCCAUCUCUUUGCUGGUGUCUCUCUUGGCCAGAACUUACCAAGAGCUAAUAUUUAGAGCAUGGGGACCACCAUCGUAAGGCUUGAUAACAUCUCUCUGGAGCCAGAGGGUGACUUCACUAAGACUCCUUCCAGGUCUAGUUGGUCCUUUUAUUCAUUUCCUCCCUAAUCUCUCACUGCGUAUCUUCCAUGACCCUGUCAAAAAAGGAAAGAAAAAACAAAUACCAGAAAAGCAUCUCCCGAAAGGAAAGAUAAGUCUCAAAAAUCAUUUGUACAGAAAGGAAAUCUUCAAAUCCCAUUUUCAUUUUAACCCUGACUGUAGACAUAAUUUUAACACUUACCUUAUAUUACAGUAACUACCUUAAAACUUUAGUUGAAAACAAAUGUCAGUAAUAGACAACUAAGAACCCUCAAAGUGAAAUUUCUUUGCAGUGGUUAUCUUUAGAUUAACAAGCAGGGUUACUAGAGGAGAUGAAGAGGGGUACCAAGUGGUCUCUGGUUGUGUGCGUGUUUGUGUGAGUGUGUUUGGGGGCGGUUGCAUCACAGGAAACAAGCGCUCCAUCCUGCAGUUGAAUGUGACCCUUUGGCCCUGGAUCAAAUGCUCCUCCGGGCUGAAUACCAUGAAGCCUCUGUCCUCUGCACCACGCACUGCUCUGCUCUGCUCUGCACUACACGGACCGUCUGACAGACUGACUGCUGGAGGAGGGUGGAAGGAUGGGGGGUGGGGGGCAGAGAUAGGGUGAACUGUGGAGGAGAGUAAUGGAGGUAAACAAGGAAAAGACAAAAAACUGAUGGUUUGAAAGUGAGACUUUUAUCAGAUGUUUUUAUUAGACAGAGUACUUGUUACACCCAAAAGUGUGAAACCAGAGACUGUGAAUCAGGGAGAAGUUGCUCCUAUUUUUAGAUCCAUGCUUGAUGGACGGGUGACAAAGCAAACAGACAGAAGCUGCAGGCGAAAGGCACUAUGAGGGAAAGAGAGAGAGAUAAAGAGGGAAUCUCUGAGAGCGACAGAGAGAAAGAAAGAGAGGGAGAGAGAGGGAGAGGGAGGAAGGAGGAGGAGUGACUUAUUUGUGAAGUUCUGCUGCUCCUGCUCCCUGGCUCAGUACUGUCUGAGGAGGACACAUGGCUGGACGGGGCACAGGGCAGAGCUGGGUGGCUUUCUCUCCUGUACUCAGCAGCUUUUAAAGCCUUUUUUUCUACACUUGUUUCAAGUCCACCUUAGUUCUCUUUUGCACACUAAAGUGCCACAUGAGUUGUCUGCCUUCUCAAAGCUGCUGAAGCCAAACAAGGGGCUUACAGGACGCUUGCCCUGCCAUGGAAUGCUGCAGAUUUGCGAUCAGGAUAUCAGGAAGCUUUUCUUCCCCCUCUCGGGUUCGGAGCUGCAGGUCUGGAUCCGAGGAGUUUGACAGCUUCUUAAAAUCCCCUCAGAGACUGGAAACCUCAAACUGUAUGACAUGUCUGCUAACGGUUUAAAAGACCAGCAGCCGCCUCCGGCCAUUUAACAGCUUCCACGCUCAUAUUUUUACACCUCUAAUCAUCCAGACGAAGGAAUUCAGAAUGCGACGUUUUGACAAGCUGAAAAAGUCUUUCCCCUUCCUGGCACACUUCCACGUUUAUCGAGUAAGUCUGCUGUCUGCCCUGCCUGCUCCACUGGGAAAUAUGUUGUUACUAUAGCCAGGAUCAUGUGCUCCACACAGAUGUUUGAAUAUAGCAUUUGUAUCAUGCAUGCAGUAUGGUGGGGGUCAGCUUGUGUGUGUGUGGACUCUCCAGCUGGACUGAGGCUGUCCUCUGGGAGCGUUGUUGUUAUUGCAGCAGGAUGUUAGUGCAGAACAGAUCAGAUACAGAACAUGGUUCGGGCCAGGAGGUGUGUGUGUGUGUGUGUGUGUGUGUGUGAGAGAGAGAAAGAGUGUGUGCGUGCAUUUCUGCACCACCAUGAGGAAUGAGUUCAGACCAGAGGCAUUUCUCAGCAGAGACAUCAUGUUGUUUUCUACGUCCCUCAUCCCCCUCUCGCUCGCUGUCAUUGUUGUUCUCCCUGUCUCUUUCUUUCCACUUUGUUUAACUUUUUCCAGGACAAAAAUGUAAACUUCUAUGAGUUAUGUGAAACUGAAAACCACAUGGGCCCUGCUGCUCAUUUGUGUCAUUUCAUGCUCUUUUAAGAAGUGCUCAGCUGCUGUUUCAAGCUCCUGCACUGGACUCCUGGCCUUGGUUGGAUUCCUCAGAGUCCUGUUAUAAGUCUCACCUAAUAGUGUGUUCCUCCUGCUGUCCUCACACCUCCUCCUUCCUCCUCUUCAUCCUAUUAUAGAGGUAAUCAAGAUAAGCACCUGGGAGUGACAUAAUGAAGGAUGUUCAACAUGUGACCAAGUUAGAAGGAGGAAAGACUCACUUCUCUGAUUUUAUGACAGUUAUUCUAAGGAUCCACAGUAAAAGCAGCAUGAAAGCCCUGCUGCAAAGAUUGUUUCCUGAGCAAACGUGACGACAGUGCAAUGGGAAAAGCAACUGGAAGUGAUAUAGAAGAAGUUUCACAUAAAAAAAGUGUAGCAUAGCCAGCCAUUGUUCUCCUCUGAAAGGUUUAGACUGAGAGGAAAUGUGGAGAGAGAAUGAAGCACCAAUAAGUGACAACACCUGGGACCAGUGCAGCCUCAAAAUAAGCUGAACCAGCAGUCCAAAUGUAUGCCUACUCAAUUUUUCAAAGGUCUCUCUUCCCAAAAAGAUAAAUAUAUGCAUGUUUUAGUAAUUUUUGCAUAUAUGUCCCCAUACUGACAGAGAAACAUGGUAUAUAAGAGCUAAAGCACCCUGAUUUUGACCCCUCAUACUUCAGAUUCAACACUGUCAUGGAAAGAGGCCCAAGAGGAAGCAGACUUACGUCUUUGGCACAGCGCAGCUAAGUUACACCAACAUGUUGACCACUAGGGAGGAUCAGACUCAGAGCUCUUGCCCAGCACAGGGAAAAUUCUUCAGCGCAGAAAGAAAACACAUGACAAAACUGUACAGAAAUGGAGCAGCUAAGCUUUACACUAAUUAUAGUAUGAUAUCAUGUGUGGUAAGAGAGAAUGUGGCACGGCCAAAGCCAACCAGAGGACCUGCAGCCAAAGUGACUGUUAGAUCAUCUGUCUCAGGGUUAGAGUCAGCAGUGAUGCAGCAAAAGGCAAAUCAUGGUGACGAGAGCUAUGGAUGCAACUGAGUCCGUAAAGGGAGCUGCUAUUGCUGCAGUGGUUUCCCACCAGAUCAGUCAGUUUGCAUGACGCCUUUCCCCAGAAGUGAGCAGAUUUCUUCUUUCAGUUUCUGUGUAACUUUACUUUUGACAACAAUGUGAAGGACAGCAGAGAGAACAUGUGAUGGUUUUAGCUGCUCCAGUAGUAGGGCGGGGCGUUAAACUAAAAAUUUAAGAAUACUGAAAUUUAUGACAGUAACCAACAUCAUUUUGCCCAUAUCAGUAUGUUCGGUAGGUAGGCUAUGGUCUCAUGAUGCUUUAAGUAGUGCGGUCCUACGUCAGAGAUGUGACUUCACCCAUCCAGUCACAAAGAGGGAAAGACAAGUGAGGAGAUGGAGGACAGUUCAAAAGUUGUAGCGGCGAUUGAAGUAGACAGUUAAUGUGGAAGGGGGUGAGCAGCUUGUGGAGUUGUUAUCGUCCAUUUAUCGUUAUCGAGGUGAACUGCUCAAUAUAUCAUGAUAUUGAUUUGAGGCCAUAUUACCAGCCCUAUCCAACAGUUUAGACAGACUUCAACUCUUUUAACUCAAGCCUCAAAGACAGCUCCGUCCAUAUGUGAGGAGGGUCUUCACAUAAAUUUAGAUGAAGCAGAUUUUUUUGUUCAAGCUAACCAGCUGGCAGGAUAACACUUCAUUACACUACAUGACACAGCACUUGCAAAUUUGUUAAGUGAAUCAGAAUAAUGUUAUAACCUCAGCUUGAAAUGUAAAACCUCAGUGGUUUGAUUGAGGUGUGUAUAUCAGUAACUGGGGGCAGCUGUCUGAUGUCUAUACUGCUGCUGCGUAGCUGUCACCGUCAGCAGGCAGCAGCAGACACAGCAAUGACAGGAAUGAUUGAUGUAUUUAUUCAUAGUUCCCCCUAAAACUGCAGGCACCGUGUAGUUCGUCUGCGCCUCUCCAGAAAAACUCACAGCACUGGAUUAAAAGCUGUUUUUCUCUACCUGGUUUGCUCUUCAUGCUCACAUCAAAGACUCCCUGUCUACUUUUUAUUAGAUAGAAACUCUGACUCCUGCUAAAGCGCCUCUGUCUGACUUUCAGAGCCAAAGCUGCGUGUUUGGAUGUUGCUACAGAAAUAUCAGCUGACCCACUUUAAUGUGCGUUGCUGUGAAUUUGUCUGAGGAUACAGACAUCUGGCGUAACCAUUGGGGAUUGAGCCCUCCCAGCAGAUUGGCCUCAGUGAGACCUCUCAUCAGAGAGUCAUGGAAAACACAGGAGCACUCACUAAUAUUUCCAUGAAGAAGCACAGCAGACACACAUUUUCUCAUUCUGACUUUAUGUCUUCAGCUCAGUCUGACUGUAGGUGUGUGAGACAGAACGGGGAUCUUCUACUCCUCAGGUCACAGUCAUUUAGCAAAAGGAAGUGACCUCUGACCUGGCCCAUUAAGGAGAUGAAAUGACAGCGAGGAAACUGUGACCCCCCUGACACUUUCCCUCAGACCUUGUAACCUUCACUCAGUCUGCACAGGAAGUUCCUCAUUCACAGAGUGUAAUUACCACUCGGUGAAGUAACCCCCACGCCCCUGAGCGUCCACCCUGAAGGUCUUCCUCUCAGUUUCUACAGAUCAGGAAUGUUUGUCAUUUCUUUUUGUCCACUAGGUUGAUUUACUGGUUUGCAUCCCCUUUGAGACUGGAAGGAAUGGUUUGACAGUGUCUGCAGGUGUCAUAGAAGCUCAUUUUCACAGCUCUUGAUUGAUAAUGUCCUCAGAUUUGAUUCCAUUAUCCUAAACAGAACUUCAUCAGGACUUUGAGUUUUUUUUUUUUAUUCUGCACUUUUACAUGGAUGUCAAUGGGGAUUUUUAAUGAUUUUACGCUGCUAGUCUCAAGUGAACGAGACACUGCAGUUUUUUGCACUUUUCCUUUGAUUUCUUAUUUCAGCACUUUAGGUUGGUGCUUGAUGAAAAAUAGCUUAACUCUUAAACUGAUCAUUUACAGCAGAUACCUCCUUCAUUUUUUUUUGGAUGUCAGUUAGACAUUUUGAUGAUGACAAACUGCUGCUGAAACAGUAUAUUAACACGACAGUGACACAGGCGCUGUUUCAAACAACUUUUCCUCCAUGUACAUACUUAUGUGAUGUCAGUGUUUGCAUUGUGUGCACAUGUUUGUUCUGAGUAUAAACACAAAAAGAUGUAUAUCAAACUAACCACUGGCAUGUAGAUGAAAAUGUCAGAGCUUAUAAGCAGGUAUGUCAGAGCGCUGUAAACAAUCACUGGCAAGCUCCUAAAGGAUCUGAGCUCAGUUCCUCUUUUUUACAGCAAAGAAUGGUUUGGUUGUUAUCCAGUGACUUUCUAUAAAGCUGUACUUUGGGUUGAGGGAAGUGUUGACUGGACGUUGAAUAUUUUACACUCAGCUUCCUGGUUUUUCUUUGUGUGGGUUUUGCAGAAACUGGGCAGUAACAUGCAGUGUGAGGAAGGCACAGAAUGGCUGCUGGAGCUGCUGAUGGAGGUGCAGCUGCAGCAGUACUUCCUGCGGAUCCGAGAUGACCUUAAUGUCACGCGGCUGUCUCACUUUGACUACGUCAAGAAUGAAGACCUGGAGAAGAUCGGCAUGGGACGGCCUGGUGAGAUACAGUGUGUGUUUGUUUGUGUGUGUGUGUGUGUGUGUAUUUUAUGCUUUAAUUUGCUCAGAAAAAAAGUCAUCUUGUUUUAAACUCUGGUUGUGUUGAAUCAACUCCAAAGGCCAAGUUCUGUUGGUAGAGGCUAAGGGCUUAUUGGGAACACUGGUGGGCUUUUAAGAUGUAGGUGUAUUAUAUCUAUUAAAUCACACAUCAUGUCUUCUGACCUGUCCUCCUAACACCAUCUUGAGUUUCAUCUUUGUUGUUUUUAUGAAACAAUCUAUGACAGCAAUUGUCUUGGUCUUGGAAUUUAUUUUUUCAAUUUCAAGGUUUUAGGAAUAAGCUGGACUGUCUCCACUACUAACACUUGUCCAGCCCUGUGGUGUCUGCCUAAACACUUGUUAAACCAAUCACAUCCCUAAUCCUUAAGACCAUUAGCAACUGUUGACAAGUUAUCCCGGCACUCUAAGACUGUAAGUGAAUAAUCAUUGUGAACAAGUUAGCAUGUUAAUAGUUAGCACAUAGCGUAAAGACUGGUUUCACGAUGACUCAUCGCCAAAGAUACAAAAUAUGAGUGGAGUAGCCGUUAUGUAACAAAGACGUAAAAAGGGUUCUGGUGAACGGUAGAAAUUGUGUUGUGUAAUGCAAACAACUCUGGCUUUCCACCGAAAUGUGAGACUAUUCAGAAACACAUUUUGUGGAAAUAACCAAAAAAAAAUAGCAGUUUGGUUUCAAACAAAGGACAAAAUAACCUUUUUUUCAUCAAAAAAAAAACAACUGCGUCAGUGAUGGGUGGCAGCCGGGUUGCCAAGACGAUAGACACAAACACAAAUGAUAGCCAUACUCUGCAUAUGUUGGCUUCUUUUAUCAUUGUUUAACAUAGCACCAAGAAUAAACACCAGUAAUUCAUGAUACAUCACAUGCUAUUUUUAGCUAAUAACACAAGAAUGGAAAGAGAACUCGCCAACUCACAACUAAGCUCUGUGAUGGUUUCUGAAAGCAACAACAAAUCCAGUAUGCAACACUUAACUCACAGUCUCUGUCCUACUUGCUUUUGAUAUCCACCUUGGGAGGGGAGGGACGGAGGCUUGACCACCCUCAGGGAAGCAUUCGGCUUUUUGUCUUUUUUGAAGUUGUUUUGUUUUCCAUCUUCAGUGAAGCAGGCGUCUUCGUAUAUAAAAAGCACAUAUCAGAGCCACGGUCAGCGUCUUCUCUUACAAUAUCCCCCAUUUCAUCUGUGACUAUUUGACUGUUGCAUACAGCGCCAACUAGCAGUUGCAGAUGACAUCCCUACAGUGAUUCAACACAGCGGCUAGUUGACUUUCUCCACUGAUCUGCUACUUAAAACCAGACAGAUGUUUUCAAUUUCUCACUCUGGCUGGAUUGUCUCUAACAGCCACAUUGACAGACAUGCAGUAAUAUUUUUUUUAUGAGAAUCCAUGAUUCAGAUUAGGAAGAGUUUCAGAUGGAUAGUCAAGAGCAUUAAGAGUAUCAGAUAUCCUCUCCUUCAAAUGAUCAAACUUGCAAGCAUUUGUCUUUUCAAAUUCUUAAUUUUCUCUGAAGAUGAAACAAAAUCAAAUAAACCUUAAGAGGCACCUAAUUUCUCCCAGCAUAGUAAUAAUCUGCCUCAUUUUCACUAAUUAGUUUUACAUCCAGAGAGAUUAAAAUUUCCAUGAUUGAUGUCCUCAUUUUCUCUUUGCUUCUUUAUGAUUGCAAUGUGAUUUCUACAACUACACAUCCCCUGAAGUGUUAAUUCAGUCUUGGGUAAUGGCAGUGUAUCAUUAGUCUCAACCUCAACAGUGCAGCUCCAUCACUAACAGCACUAAUAUCAUUUAAAAGUCACAAAUGGUACAUCAUCAAGCCAAGUCUAUUGUCUACAGCGUGUGUGUGUGUGUGUGUGCGUAUGUGUGUGUGUAUGAAGGCGUUGGCAGCAGUAACGCUAUAAAUCCAGUUAGUGUAGCCCUCAGGGCCUCAGUUAUCGAGCUGCUUAAGACUAAUUACACCCACUUCUCCUGCUCGUAUAUUCAUCACGUCCUCCUCCCCCUCCUCCUCUCAGAUCACUGUUCUCCAGGCUCCACAGCUUUUCUUGGUCAUGUUUCUUUUCUUUUUAUUUCUAUCACCUCCCACACUCCCUCUCUUCUUAACUCUUUGUGCUUUUCUUCUCUUCGUCGUGUCAAAGAUGUAUGUUUUGUUUCAGUUAACGUGAGGUUAAUUGAAGUGGAAUAUAAUACACUCUGCAGCUAUCUCAUGGGUCAUCCUGAUGAGAGAACAGAAGCAGCUGCUGCAGUAUUCAUCUUUUAUCUUCUCCUCUGACAAUCACUGUGUUUCUCUUUCUUCUUCCCUUUUUGAUUUUUGAAGGACAGAGACGGCUGUGGGAGGCAGUGAAACGGAGGAAAGCCAUGUGCAAGCGCAAGUCCUGGAUGAGCAAGGUGACAGACGCACAAAACACCCACAUAUUCAAUCACUCUAUUACAUGAUGGGCUUAACAUUACGUUGCCAUGGUGAGGUCUGUCAUGUAAACACUACUGAAGGACAAUACACAAUGCAUACAUAGACUUCAACAUUAUUCCACACUUCCCUUCCUGAACAUAUGACUUGACUACAUCUCACAGUACCUUCCAUGUUGAGGUUUUACGUCAACUCUAAAAGAGAAAACUUUUAUAUUUGCACAAAUGUGUUCUUAAAAUUUACAUCCAAUCAUGGAUGAAUCAAAAGGGUUACAUGAGGGUAUGUAUAAAAUAGCACUCCGAGUAGAUGAGUAGAUUUGUUUUUUUCUAUGUUUAAAACAAAUUGGCUUUGCCUUAGUCAUUAUGAGAACUUAAAACAGCACUUUCUCAAGUUAAAUAAAGAGACAGAUUUGUAUCUUUUACAGCUUAUCAAUUGUGUGCUCAUUUUUCCACCAGCUUUGAUAUCAGAUUUUAAAUGAUUUGGUUUACUUAAUUCAGAAAAUACAGCAUGUGGAAAAACUGAUGUAAAGAUAUUGUCUCAUAUGUUUGAAUAUAAAAACGGGCAGAUCUUCAAAUAACCAGAGGUAGAAAGACACGUACCCAUUAAAUGAUUGGUACAAGAAAACCGUUUUUCACAUUUGCACAAGGAAGCUGGAGAUAACAUGCUGGAGAGGAGGAGAAAGGCUGGGCUGGUAUUUAGUAUUGUAUGUGUUUCCAAAAAAACAAUUACUGCAAAGUAUAAGGCAAGACACAGGUCAGCUUGUUUUGAUCUUAUAUGUUUGGUAAAAUAAAAAAAAACUUGCAAAAGUUCAGUUCAGUUUAAUAUUUAGGGCUUGUUGCCAACUCAGCUUUGUGCCCUCAGGUCACAAGCUAGCGCCUGAACCCUGUCUGAACCAGUGAGUUCAAUUUGAGUCAUGCAGCCUCAAACUUCUGAUUUUAAUCUAUGUGUUUGAAUCAAUAAUUUGUGUUAAAAUGGCUGUCGUGUGAAUUGUAAAGGCAUGUUAUACCAAUAGAGGUCUCAGUCAUCCCUGGAUUGGUUCUGGUCCUAAAUUUUACAUGAAGAAUAAAAUCUGCAGCAAACAAUCCUCCAGAGAAUAAGACAGCUUGACCCCUCACAUGAGAAUGAGCACGUCCGCAUUCAGACUCACACACCACUCAGUCAAGUCACAAGAGUCAGUGACACACACACACACAUAUACAGAGCUGCUGCAUUCACUCAAAUGUUUCUCCAAACAUAAAGUCUUCCUCCUUAAAGAGGCAGAGACACAGCUGACUGCUUCAUUCCUCCACCGUCCUUAAUUGAAGGCUGACAUAUUAAGACAAUUGUGCUAGUGCUUGAGAAAAGGGGACCUUUCGUUAUUUUCUUAGAUACAAAGGAGGCCUGCUGGUGUGAAGUGUAUGAGGGAAUACUGAGCAGCACCACUGAUACUCUGUGUGUGUGUUUUGGCUGUUGUCAGUGGAAGUUGUGGUGCCCAUUGGACUGUGCUUGCAGUCUAUAAUUACACCUGUCUGUUUCUACCUCUGGCACCAUCCACAGCCAGAGUAAUCUGCUUCCUCAGCUCAGCCACGAAUGUGUGUGUGUGCAUGUGUGGGUGUGUGUGUGGGAGGGUGUGUAUGUUCGCUUCGCUAUCCUUAGUCAGAAUCUUCUGAAUGUUGAGCCUCCUAUUUGAAACCACACAGUGACCACAGUGAUGUGGUGUUUUUAAAAAGGUCUGCAGCAUUAUGUCAUGUCUGGUCCUGAUGUAUGUGAAACCACACACCGCUCGCUACUGUUUAUAUCUGGUCAGACAUAAAUGUUUGACACAGAGGAUUCAUCAUCACCUUUUUUUCUUUCUAAUGACACUGUUUCUGUGCCUGACCUUUGUCUCUCUGCCAGUUAAUAAUACACAUUUGCUCUAUUUACUUCAUUGGAAAAACAAAGUUUUUGUAAUAUAGAAAAAUAUGAGAAAGGCCCCUUUGGUUACAUUCGUUUCAUUUGAAUAAUACAAAAACAUUGCUAGAAUAACUUGGUUUCAACCCCAGUAUCAAAAAAGCCUCUCUUGUAGGGUCCCUCAGUGGUCUACCUUAGAUCCACUAUGAUUCACUGUUCACAUGCUUCCUCUGGGGGCGAAUCCUGCAUAGGAAUAGUAUGUAGAUUUUCAUGCCUGUGCUGAUGACAUUCAGCUCUCCAACUUCUUAAAACUUGACACUGCUGAUGUGUCUCACAUUGUGUCCUGUAUCUGAAAUAAAGAACUGGAUGUCUAAAAACUUGCUGCAGCUGACUGACUCCAAAUAUGAAGUUAUUGCCAACUCCCUUUCACAGACAUUGUAUGUCAGAUGAGGUCAGAUGAGCUAAAGUUAGCGCGAUUCAAGGUUCUUGGUUUGUUCAAAGUGAGGUUUCCCAGAGCAAGGCCAUAAACAAUUCUGAUAUUUAUAUCCUAAAUUCAGUGUCAGUAAUUAUUUUUAUUUAAAAGUAACCAAGAGUUCACUUUGUAUCUUCCAAUACUCACUUCAGCACCUAACCUGCCUUAAAAAAGUGAAAAAUGACUGGAAAAUUUUUCAAACUAAUGCAAGUUUGACAUUGUUGAAUGUAAAUGAAUCAGUUAUUUAUCCCCUAAGCCAUCCCAUAUGUGGUUUACUGUAGUUUUCUUUACCAUCUCACCAGAGCACCAGUUUCUCUGCGUUCCUAUUUCAGUAAACAGUCCUCUUUUGGGCCUCUAAACAAAGCUUUCUCUUCAUGGUUCUGCACAGCACACACAUUGUGCAGGUUCAAAUCUAGGGGAAUGGAAAGAUCUCCAUUCACAAACACACUCCCGUAUUCACACACACACACACACACACACACACACACACACACACACACACACGCACACACACGUAUAAAUGCACACAGAAACAUUCAGGUCACUUAACCUAAUUGUGUGCACUUCCUAAACCCAAAGUCAUUGCCUCUGUGCUGUCAGCAUUUCAGUCAAGAUGCAGGAAAUCUCCCCAUCUCCUAUAAUUAUAACUGGGUCUGUUCCUGUGUGUGCGUGUGUUUUAAGACAUAUUACUUGCACCAUUACCAGUUUAUCUUUAGUACCAGUUAAACAUUACACCAUAUGUGUUGUGUGUGCAUUAAUUUAAGAUGUGCAGAUGUUACAUUGGCAAUAUGCCGCUCAUACGUCGGUGUGCCUGAAGUUAUUUCUGUAGUGUAUGAAGAGCGUGCCCCUUAUGUCCUACAUAUGAAUCUAAUAAGGACUGCUGUGAGAUGAGAGGGAUCCCUGUCUGACUGCUGGAACUUGACCUAAACUUAUCUGCACAUAGAACACAUACCUAGACAUGCAUUUGUAGCAAGAAAGAAGGAAGUUACCGGUGUAGAUAUCAUGGAAAAGUUGUACUGCUGUCUAAUGUUCUUUAUCACUGCUAGAAAAGGGUUCAAGUUUGUCAAAUUUGUGAGCAAAAAAGGAAAAAAAAAGCCUGACAGACUCAUAAAAGGGGGAGAAGUAGGAUUUAUAAUUGAAAUAAGCAUCUGGUAUCUGUCCUCCAUCUCCACCCACACUCUGCUGCCAGCAUCUCAUUAGUGCAAUGUGAACAGGCAGGUCGUUUGGUGACUAAUAAUGGAGGAUAAUUAAAUUCAAAUGAGACUUCAAAAUCCCAAGACAGUUGUUGAAAGUGUGUGUUUCCUACAUGAUGGCCCAGCAAACCAUCUUAUUAUUAAAGAGGGUUUGCAGUAAGACAAUCAUACUUCACAGGCAAACUCCCUCAAACCAGCAGUAAAAAUCCAUUUAAACACUUUGCUCUAACCAAUGUGUGUUCUCACACAAAUGUGAUUUUAUUUUACUAUGUUCUUUGUUGUUUGCACUCAACAUAAAGUCGGUGUCAUCAUAUGGCACCUUUCAUACAAAAACAAUGCUGUUAGUGCUCUGCAUCGGUUAGAUCGGUUAGUUAGAAAAACUCAUAAAACUAUUAUUUUUAAAUAACAAAGAGAUUUAGAAGUUUAUACAUACUUUCUACUGCUUUGGUGUCCUUGAGAAGCUUAGUGAGACAAAAGUGAGAUAAGACAAAGAUCGGUUAGCAAGAAAAUCUUAUGAAACUAUUAUUCAAUAAAUGAUAUGAAACAGAUUUAGAAGUUAAUACUUACUUUUUUUAGCCCCAGUGUCCUGGAGAAGCUCAGGACAGCUCUACAAAUAUUUGAUCUGAUCUAAAAGCUCAUACUUACUUUUUUUGGUGUGUGUAGAGGCACACAGCCGCUCAGGUGGGAGAGAGAAAACAAUAUUAAAGUGUAAGUAAGACUGGUAAACACACUUUAAAUUAUAAUGGCAAUAAUAGGACAUAAAUGAUAGAUGGUUUUCUUGACAGCAAUAGAAUAAAUGUAACAAAGAUAAGCAGUAGGAAAUCACUAUUUUAUUAUUGACAACACUUGCUAAUGUCAAAUCUGAGAGUCUACAGUCACUGGUUUGGGGCUGUUUUUUAAAAUUCAGGAGGACAGAGAGAGAGAGAGAGCAGGGGUAGAAGUAGGAGAGAGAGCAGGGGAAAAGGAGGAGAGGAGUCAGAAGAAGGAGAGCUGAAGAAGUCCGAAGAAGCAGAAGAAGGAGAAGAGGGAUCAGAAGAAGAAGAAGCAAAAGAGAAAUCAAAAGAAGCAGCAGAGGAGUCAGAGGAAAAGGAAGAGAAAUGAGAUGAAGAAGAAGGGGAAAGAACAGCAGAAGCAACAGAAGAGUAAGAGGAGGAAGAGUAAAGAGAUGAAGAAGGAUAAAAGUUAUAAGAAGAAGGAUAAAAGUUAUAUGAAGAAGGAGAAGAAGCAAAAGUGAAAACAGAGGAAGAAGCAGAGGACAAAUCACUGGAAGGGGGGCAGCAGGAGGAGGUGCAGGGCAAGAGGAAGGAGGGGAAGCAGGAGGUGGAGGAGAAGCAGCAGCGGAAAAAUCAGGAGAUUGGAGAUGGAUAAGAGCAAGUGAAUCUCUCCCCUCAUCAGCCAAUCUUACUCUUUGGUCAGGGCCCCUCCCCCUGAUCACUGUCCUCCUGCUGCCUGUACAUUCUUGAAGUAGAGGCAGCAGGAGAACCAGCACAGGAGACACCAAGAGAAGCUAGAGAGGAUGAAUCAGGAAGAGAACAAGAAGAGGAAGCAGAAGGAGCAGCAGAAGAGAGAGGAGGAAAAAAAGUUUCAGGCACAGUUAGAGGAGAAGCAGGAAGGGGAGCAGAGGGAGGAGAAGGAGGGCAGUCAGGAUGAUGAGCAGGGGGAAGAGGGUCACCACCUGAGGGAAGAAAAGUAUCAUACUGUCAAAUCUGUGCAUCCAUAAGAGAAUGAAAUAUGAGGCUUGCAGGGUUAUUCAUGGUAUUCUGCUGUUGGAGUAUCAUUACCACUUAUGAGCGAUAAUAAUUGUUUGUUUUUUUCUUGGCAAGGGGGAAACUAUCAUAAACACCCAGAUGUCACUUAAUCUGCAGUUCGUAAAACCUGCCUAAAAUGUUGGGGUUUGCCAAAAAGUUCACCUGUGUCACUGAGCUCCGUGCAUAAAAACGCACGCCAAAAUAUUUGGGAGUUUAUUAAAAUCUUGCGCAUUAAUUACAUUUACACCAGGUUCACAGGGCAGCUUAACAAAGAUGUCUGCUUCUUGGAAACGGAGCUUUUUCUUCCUUAAACUUAUAAUCAAUUAGUUUAAAAACAGGGACAGUGGCUGCUUUACAGUUCAGUCUCAACACUUCAAUACAUAGGCUAUCUAUUAAUUAUCUAAACAGACUUCAACCCAUUCGCAUCAAUGCCGAGUUUACAUGGCACCCACUUGAGGCCUGCUCCUCACAGUUCCAACAUCUCCAUGCAACAAAAAAAGUGGCCCAGGCGCCAUCUUUAAUAAUUUAAUCUUGAUGGUUAAAUUUGAAAGUUGAAGUCUUUACAUGAGUCUUUACACGUUUUUCACCUCAACACACUUCAGUCAAUAAGUUUUACCGUUUUUCCGGUGCAAAUAUAAGCAUUUUUGGCAUUAAAACGUGGUUUGAGGUCAAGAUAUCGUCAAGUGAAAUCCAUGACUCUGUUCCCCUAUAACUGGUGAAUUAAACUAGGAAUAACUGUCAACUGUAACACUUUAAUCCUACUUGAUAUAUAAUAACUUUUCCUUAAAAUCAUUUAACAGGUAAAAUAAUGAGAAAUGAGUGAAUUUUAUUAUGAAAUUUCAAAGCUGCGUUACUUGUGACACUGCUGUGCCAAGUUUAAGUCCAAGCGUUUGAAAUACGAGCGAAGUUGAAGCUUUCCCAAAAAGUGUUUGUUUCUCAGUCGAGAGUAAGUGCAAGCCGGCCAAAUGUCCAGUUUUCGAAAAUACGAAACAUUCCAAUUUAAAGGUGACGAGCACGCGCGUCACCCCUCUGUUACCAUGGCUGUUAGUGACAUGACAGGAAGUCGGAAGCCUAUGCAGUAAAAAUGUAAUCAAAUGUUAAACUCAUGGCAAACUACUUAUUGUCAAUGCUGACGCUUAUCGUAGUCUUUCUGUUUCAUUGAAAUUCAGCCUUUGAACGUGGAGAUAAAAUUUAUUUCAGUGAAAACCAUUUUUUUAUUCAACCGUUUGUGACUGGACCACACACCAGAUACACAGAGAGAAUUCUGAUAUCCCUGAGCAAGAUCUAUAUGUACAAGAAGUACAAGGUAUCUGAAGUCAGACUCUCAUACUGAGACAUUUUCUGUGGUCAUCCAUUUUCUCCCCCUAUGAAUUUAAGUAAAUUCAAAGAGGAGAAAAUGUUUAACUAUAGGAAUAAUAUUGGUGGAUUAUUAACCUGUUCAAGCAGGUGACUGAUAAUGGUGACUGUUUUUGACACCAGAGUGAAGAGUGAUGGUUGGAAAUUUUCCCUCUGUUAUUUUAUUACUAUUCAUUGUAAACACAGCGCAUGUUCCACAUAGACACACUCAGACAUGCACAUAGAUCGCGCCACACAUUGACAUCAUCUUGCCCUCAUUACGCCUCUGCUACUUCCUUUGAUGGCAGAAUGACCCACUGUUACACCUCUGUGCAAGGGCAUUAGUAUCCAUGAAAUGUCAAAACGCUAAAGGCCAUAUAGAGAUGCCAGUAAUAUCUAGUGGUAUUGACUUUGACAGUUUAGGGGUAUAAAAACAGAGAGCCUGCCCUUUGUAAUGUUAAAAAAUAAAAAUAAAAUAAGACGGUCUGUCUUAUUUCCACCUCAGUUCACAGCCCAGUAACCAUGUUCCUCCUCCUCCUCCUCCUCUGUUUGUCCCCAGGUGUUCAGCGGUAAACGCCCGGAUGGAGGAGACUUCCCUCAGCAGGGCCAGCCAGCCUCCUCCUUUCGUAAACUGUCGCCAACGCCUCCUCUGGGCCUGGGGGAAGGAGUCCUGUCCACUCAGCCCAGUGGUGGAGCUCCUCUUGAUGGACAGCAGCAGGCUCUGACCUGCCUCAUCCCAGAGAAAGAUCUGACAUUGUUUGAGAAGCUCGGAGACGGAUCCUUCGGUGUGGUGAAGAGAGGAGAGUGGCUGACACCUGCAGGGAAGGUGGUGAGGAGUCCCAUACUUAUGAAUACUUUACUUUUCAUAAAAAAUUGUGUUUGUAACUUAACUCCUGUGCAUCCAGAAAAAAUGUUUAAACAGGAGUAGGACCUGGCAGAGAAUUUAAACAAGACAAAGGACUUGGUUUUGUUUUGCACUGAGCGGGCAGGAGAAUGAUUUCUGCCCUCAGACUGCUUGUAUGAAGUUGAUGAAUCCUGCUGUUGGUAUAAAUAGAUCAUCAAAAGGCUGAACGGUGAGAGCACAUGUUUAAAGUCUUGUUUCUAUCCCUGUGCUUAUUUCCAGCUGAAUGUAGCUGUGAAGUGUCUGAAGACAGAUGUGCUCAGCCAGCCUGAUGCUCUGGAGGACUUCAUCUGUGAGGUCAACGCCAUGCACUCCCUGGACCACCAGAACCUCAUUCGCCUCUACGGUGUGGUGCUCACACACCCCAUGAAGAUGGUAGUGCACACACAGAAAUGCACACACACAGGGACAAACAUGAACACAUGGGUACAUCAGUUAUUGUCUCUGCUUCAGGACCUAACAGUCGGCUUAAAUCAGGUCAAGAUGGUUUGGCCUUUGUAAUGAGAAGAGAACAUGGAGGGAAAAGGUUGUGAGACAGGAAGGGAGGAGUGUGCAGGGAGUGGGGUUGACAUUUUUGCCUUGCCGUAUAUUUUGUGUCUUUGUUUCUGUGCCCUUUAAUAUAAACAAGAGUUUGAAGCGAUGCAAAGUACCUCCUCAUGAGCUAGGAUUGAAAAAAUACACAUGUUCAAAUUUGACAUCUCUCGGCUAAACUACCAACUUUUUAAAUGAUAACCGAUUUUUUUCGUUAUUGUAAGGCGUCACUUCAGCGCUCUGAAGACAUUCUCUUUGAAAACAAGCAGAGAACCAGGAAACAAGUGAUGAAGGACAUUAGCCGCUUAGCUCAUGGCUUCUCAUGGUGUCCAUUGACUGCUGAAGAGUGAAGGAGACCCUCGUUUUUAUCCUUAAACCAUUUCAUUUUUCAUUUUUCUACCUAUUUAAAUGAUCUCAACUUCAAAUCUACAAAAAAUAAUAAACUUUAAGAUGUAUUUUGAAAGAAACACUGCUGACAUUUUCUCAGCUUUGACUAGCGAUACACUGUUCACUAGAGCCCACUGUUCCUCUUUACCUCUGUCACAAUAUAUCUGAUCUCUGUUUAGGCUAUUGUGUUUUUUAAUAAGCUUAUUAAAAUCGGCUCAUAAAUGGUAGUGAUUAAAUGAAUUUGCACCAACACUAAUUGAUGCUGAAAAACUUGGCAAACACAGUGACAUCUAGUGGCCUUUAAAUUAAUGACAGCCCUCCUCUUGAUGGUCUGAGGCACCAGUAAAUUUCUCUGAAUGUCCAAGUUUUACUGUUAUUUAAGUUAUAAAAGUAUAAGGAGCCUGUACUCUAUAGAACAAAUCUAUCCAUACAGUCUUCCUUUCAGAUGUAGCUGACUAAAUCAUGGACAAGUUUGGAAAGUUAAUUAGCACACAAAACUUUCUAAACUGUUAAACUUACAAUUAAGCUUUUUUUUUCUUUUAGCACUCGUGACAUUUGAAGCUUCAGACAUCACCAGUCAUGUGACAUUUCAUCUGACACAAGCUUUAACAUUAACACUGAACACUUACUUUGGUUUUUGGUGAUAUUAGCAGGGAGACUAUUUUGAAUACUACUCUCCUUUUCUUCUACCUCUUCUUUUCCAUGCUGAUUCAUUGCUGUAUCAUAACAUUAGUCUGUUCUUAAAUUUGAACCUCUCCUCACCCUCUCCCUUUUCUUUCUUUCCCCCUCUCUUCAUGUUGUAAAGGUGACUGAGCUGGCUCCUCUGGGUUCUCUGCUGGAGCGUCUGCGAUGUGUUCGUCCUCAGGGUCCUGUAUUGAUCCACACUCUGUGUCAGUAUGCCGUGCAGGUGGCUUGUGGCAUGGCUUACCUGGAGCAGAGGAGGUUCAUCCAUAGAGACCUUGCAGCCAGGUAAGAACUGUUUAAGAUGGAACUGUAAUUCAGCAGCAAUAAAAAUGUCGAAGCACAUUUUUAUUCAUGUGUUUUAUUCACACCUUCUUUGAAUCUCAUUUUUCCUUCUGGGAUUUUUUAUUGGCGUGUAAAAAUAUUUACAGCCUCUCCUUCUCCUCCAACCAGAAAUUUACAGGCCAUUACAGAAACUCUUGGCCCAUGAGCUGCAUGAGUCACUGGUUGGCCAGCUGUGCUGGGUGGUCGAAUUUCUUGGUGUUGCCCAAAUUUGUCACUUUCACUUAUACUGUUGACAUUGUGUAGAGGCUUGAGAAAACUCUAAAUGAGAGGUAUAAAUGAGUCAUUUUUCCACUGAAAGCUGCAACUACAUGCUUCUGUUACAGAUUGGCAAACACUGUAAGGAUUUCUCAAGCUGAAAUGCUGGACACUAAGUUUGUUCUUCUUAAUACACUGACGGAUUGUUUUUAACACCGCUGAUGAAAACUACAGUACAUUUUGAGUCGUAGAACUGAGUUUUAAACGCGUUAUGACCCAGGUGUGCUACUGUUACAACAGUGUUCAAGAUGCUAAUGCUAACUAAACCACAUGGACUGUAGUUAUAGAACCACAUGUGAAAAGUUGCUCUUGAGACAUCUUGAGUUUGGAGUAGAGCUGUUACCCUUUUACAUUGAAACUCAUCUAAGGUAGUUCAGACAUCUGAUAAGACAUGAAAUGCCUCCUGGGGGCCUCUGUUGCGAGGUCGUCCAGGUAUGUCCCACCAAAGACAUCAGAUUAUAUAUCCCAGAAUCUCUGAGAAGAGGCUGGAAAAUGUUGGGAUGUUUUGAGCCACUUGUUGAGCUUACUGCCACCACUGACCGACCCUGGAUAAGCAGAAAUAAAUGGAUGGAUAGAAAAUCUUAAAACUCUUUUUUGAAAUUCGCUCACAGAUUUGUACAUUUAUGAGAUAUUUAUGUAGUAUGACUCCUCAUCAAGUCUUUAAAUCCAAUGACAUGCCUAUUUGCUUUGAUAUUCAUGACUAAAUAAACUUCUGAAUUAUAUUUUUCAAGAUUGAUAGUAGAAAACAGCUGUCCUCUGGAUUCCCAGUUCUUCUUGCAGUAUUGACGUUGGUUGAGUAAUUCUUCGGUCAUGCAGUCCUGACAAGUGAAGAAAAGAAAGAAGGUUAUCAAUCAUGUUACAAAAUGAAAAGGAUGUUGCUAAAUACUCGACCUUCUCUCUGUAGGAACAUCCUGCUGGCCUCGGCUCACAGAGUGAAGAUCGGUGACUUUGGUCUGAUGAGGGCGCUGCCUAACAACCACGAGCACUACGUCAUGCAGGAACAUCGAAAGGUCCCCUUUGCAUGGUGGGUGGACUGAGAGCAGCACAGCGAAGACACAGCUGUACUGGGAUGUGAUCCAGUGUUGGAUCUGUGUGAUUUUUGGGGUUAUGUGAGAACAGAUUUAUUUUAUUGCAGAAAGAUUCCACAGAGAAAUGCGAUCAGUCACAGCUGCAUACCAGCCGUGCUGAUGAUUCCUAUAAACAAUGCUUUCUGUUUUUUUUUUUUGACAAGCAGCUGGCCAGAAACCCUUUUUUAUUACUAGCUUUUACCCAUAUGCAUGAAUUUUUAAGGACACAGUGUCCUGUGGUGGAAAAAACGGGAUCAAAAUGUUUUGUUAGCCACAGUGAAAAAUGAAACAAACUUUCUGCAAACGUGAAUUAGCUGUGAACAGAUUCAGAGAUCGAUCGAUUGAUUUUUAUGUUUGAGUCUGGCGUCUGUCCUGCUGCAGGUGUGCCCCAGAGAGUCUGAAGACCAGAACUUUCUCUCACGCCACAGACACAUGGAUGUUUGGAGUCACACUCUGGGAGAUGUUCACACAUGGCCAGGAGCCGUGGCUGGGCCUCAAUGGAAGCCAGGUAUACAGACACUGAUGAGAAUUAUUCACAGUUAUACAAAAACAUUGGAAUAAUACGCACACUUUCACAUUGACAAUGAUAAAGUGGUUAUUUGUCCUCUUUUUAUGGCAAAAUCAAACUGUAGAUCUUGCACAAGAUUGAUAAGGAAGGUGAGCGCCUCCCUAAACCUGAAGACUGUCCCCAGGACAUCUACAACGUCAUGCUGCAGUGCUGGGCUCAGAAACCAGAUGACAGACCAACAUUUGUUGCCCUGCGGGAGUUCCUGCUUGAGGUAUGAGAACAGUCUUCGGAGUAGCCACAGAGUGUAAAACUUGAACAGGGUUGGACCUCAUAUUGUAGCUGAUAAGAAUAAUCUGUACAUAAAACUCUCCAUUUUCAUUCAUGUUUACUGAGCCAUAGAUCCCUGAGAGUGAUACAAGCUAUAUAACAGAAAUCCAGGGGUUCUCUUAGCAGCCCCAUAAUAAAAACAGAGUAUUAGCUCCACCUAGUGGAGUGAAAACAAUCUAAAAAUGCCCUCUGCUGAAGUGACUUAUACUACUUACAAAUAUGUCUACUUUUUUUGAAGAGUACCUCUAUUUAUGUGGGUUUUUUACAGACCAUGCCCACAGACAUGUGUGCUCUGCAGGACUUUGAUGAGCCUGACAAACUCCACAUCCAGCUCAAUGAUGUCAUCACCAUCAUUGAGGGGAGGUGAGUGUUUACAAGUUUCAUUUCAUUAAUUACUCAACAGAGUGACCUGCUAAUCUCAUUUCUAAUGAAUAAUGUCAGGGAAAAAGAGUUCAUCUCUUUCUGUAGUUUUUUUCUUUUUUUUAUUUGAACUACAUGCAGUUAAUAGUAAUUUAACUUUAAUUGUACUGUAUUUUCCAUUGUCUGUAGAGCUAUUUAGUAUUGUAAUGAGGUACAGAUGACUCUCCAUGUCACUUCCUCUAGUUCCCACUGUCUUAUCUUCUGUAUUUCUGUCUCUUUAAGGGCUGAGAACUACUGGUGGCGAGGUCAGAACAAGAGGACCCUGAAGGUGGGACAGUUUCCCAGAAAUGUGGUCACAUCGGUCGCGGGUUUGUCAGCUCACGACAUCAGCAGGCCUCUCAAAAACAGCUUUAUCCACACGGGACAUGGAGACUCCAACCCUCACCGCUGCUGGGGAUUUCCUGACAGGAUAGAUGAGUAAGGGCAGAGUAUAAGGAUAAAUAUCAUUUCUAUCAUGAGUACUCUUAAUGAAGUUGGUGGUGCAAGUCUUGCUGGUAUAAUUUCUGCAGAGUUGCAGCAAUACUCUCUUACCAACAGGUGGCAGUAGCACAUAAUUGAACAUUCCUAUCAGGUUAUUGCAACAUUUUAAAAGCAAAGCUCCUUUAACUCAGUAUUUUGACAUCAGGCUGUAAUUAAGUUUGUCUUUCUCCCCCUCAAGUCUCUACCUCGGGAAUCCCAUGGACCCUCCAGACGUCCUCAGUGUGGACCUCAGGGCCACUCGGCCCACGCAGCUCCCAGGAAGAGCUAGAAGUGAGUAAAAGGGCCCUUGAUAAAAACUCAUCCCACACAAAAAUGUGGUCCCUUUUGGCUAAGACACACUAAAGGCUGAUACUCUAAUAAAAACAUCAGUCGAAGGAGUCACUUCACUGGUCUUAGUGUACUGAAAUAAAAUUGUGUAUUGCAAGGCUCACUGUAAUUUCCUGACCAGUGAUUGUUGCAGGUACAAAUUGGCACUUUUUCUGGCUGAUGAGCGUCAAGGAUGUAGAACUGUUUCUCCUUUAGAUGUCACAAACUAUUUUGAUUUUCAGCCUUGUUUGUAUCCAUAUCCAUAAAGGUGUACUACAACCAUAAAAUGGUUGUAGUACUCAUUGAAAAAAUGCAGCUUUCCUGUUUAUUUUUUCACAUUCAUACCUCAGACUGGUUCAGUUUGGUAUUUAGUGGUUACAGUAGUGUAUGUUUAUUAAAAAGUCUACCAGACAGUUUGUUUUAAACUUUCCUAACACUUCCUUGCAAAGCUUUCAUGUACAAUCUGCAUCCUGCUUCCCCCCUCUAAUCCUUCUUUCUUUGCUGCUGUCUUUUCUUUUCUCUCUUUUUCCUUUGUGGCCGCUGUAAUUACUUUUAUAUUUCCAGAGGAGCCUCCCCCUCGGCCUCCUCAGCCCGCCGUGUUUAUCAAGAGUAAGUCUGGUUUCCCUCAGCAGCUCCUCACACAUUGCUCCUGCCCUCUCUGUUCCCUCCUAGCUCCACUCCUCAAAGGUACAUCCAUUAUUGUGUUGUUUGUCCUCAGCCUGUCUUUGCAGUGAUCCUGUCGUCCACUUUGAUUUCUUCUUAGACGCUGUUGUUGUUUUUUUUUUCCAUCUUUCCACCUGUGUCCCUGUAACAGGCGUGCAGUGUCCUUGCUGUGAUUUGUAGGACUAACUUUGACCCUGGAGGCUUUUUUUUUGGCUGGAGUGUAUCUCAUAAUUUUUUAAUUUGACAUGAUUCAGAAGCGCACGAGUGUCAUGUUCUUCCUUGUGCUUGUAAGUUGAUAAACAUUCGUGUGUGUUUUUUCGCCUCCAGAGCCUUGCUAUGAUCCAGUAAACGAUGAUGAGGAUCUGUCUUCAGCCGGACUAAAGAGAUUAUCACUUAGGAAAACGGGUUCUGUCAAAGGCUUAAAACUCAAACCUGCUGCGUGGGUCUCUGCCUCCAAACAGGGGGGUGGCCGGACUUCAGGCUCAGGCUACAACCCCCACAGUGAGGUGUCGCUCAUUGACUUUGGUGAAGAGUUCCCCCCACCCACGCCCUCCCCCUCCCCUGUGGUGGAAGCUCAGAUUCCCACCCUCGCCCGACUCGCUUUGGAAGCAGAGAACAUCCUUGACCGGACUCCACCUCAGAGUCCCUCCAGAUCUCUGCCCCGCCCCCUUCACCCGACGCCAGUGGUAGACUGGGAUGCCCGACCUUUACCCCCACCCCCGGCGUAUGAUGACGUAGCUCAAGAUGAAGAUGACAUGGAGGUACAGUGGGAGAUGAUAAAGUAGAUUUAACAUGAUGAAGAUGUUUUUUUAUUAGGAUCAGAGUCAAACAUGUUAAUGUUUUCCUCCUCUUCCUCCACAAAGGUGAGCUCCAUCAACAGCACAGAGCAUCAUUAUGAAGGGGAGCCCACUGAGGAGGCUCUCUCUGCUGUUCAGAAAGUAGAGGGGGAGGCUGUGGGCUCCAGGGGUUCAGACAGACCAGGACUGGAGGACAACCUCUUCCUCCCCAGCAAACAGAGCCAGAACAUGUCCACCUCCUUCUCCCAGUCAGCGGAGAUCUUCCAGGAGCUGCAGCAGGAGUGCAUGAGGAGGCUCAACGUACCCACAGGAAGUGCUGCUCCAUCCCAGACCUCAGCGUCCUGCCCUGAGACUCCACAGACAGAGGAGGGACCUCAGGAGGGUGUCCUCUCUCCCAACGAGGACAGGCCUCAGAUCCCCCCUCGAGUUCCCAUCCCGCCUCGCCCCAUAAAAAGAGGGGACUACUCCUCUUCUCGCUGGUCGAGGGAUCUCUCUCUGUCUCCAACACCAGCUGACACAUCAGACAAUGUUUCAGGCUCAGGCCAGGACAGACCACCUCAGAUCCCACCUAGGGACCCUCUGUCUCAGCCCAGUUCCAGGACUCCCAGCCCCAUGACCCUGGUGGUGGGCUCUCCUCAGCAGAGAGUGUACUCUGUGAGCCCCACCACUUCCUCCUGCUCCUCUGCACACACCUAUGGCUCCUACCUCUCCACCUCCCCGGGUAAACUCAUGCCCACCACACACAGCUUCGCCUCAGAUCCUAAAUAUGCUGCACCCAAAGUGAUCCAGGCUCAGGCACAGGGGAAGGACGCCCAUAGUAAAGGCCCCUGUAUCCUCCCGAUUGUACGAGAUGGACGUAAAGUCAGUAACACACACUAUUACCUUCUACCAGAGAGACCUCCGUACCUCGACCGCUAUGACCGCUUCUUCAGGGAGGCGGAGAGUCUGCCCUCCAGCGCUGUGGAGGAGCGGCACGUACGACAAGCUAACAUGGCCACAGUCAGACCCAUGGUGGUCAACAGCCAGACCCUACAGGGACACACCCAGGGACAGGGACUCGCCCAGCCCGGCGAACUGAAGGCUAACUUCUCCUCUAACAAUAACAGCAGCCUGGGCGGGCCGCGGUCAGGGAUGAAGACAUCAGUUAGUCUCCCUCGAGUCUGUUCAGAUGGCCUGACAGCACCUGUGGGUCCUGCUUUCUGCACCGGGACAGAGGGAGGAGUGAACUCAGCUGACAGGGUCAAAAUGGUAAGGUCAGAGAUACUUAGAUUGCUCUUUACAACUCAUUAAAAUGACUUUGUAUCUUUAAUCAUAAGAUAAAUAUAAUGUGCUGAAAGGUGUUAUUUAUUGCUUCAGUAAUUAAAGUGCAAUCCUGCUCACUUUCUCUCCCAUGAUAGAUGUGAAACCUCAGCAUCGGGGUAGUUAAUACCAAUAUAAAGGUGACCCUAUCUCCUCCUUAAUGCUACUUUGAUUGCUUUUUUGAAAAUUAGGGGGAAAAAAGGUACAUUUCUUAAACAGUGGGGUUUCCUAUCACCAGUAUGGGAGCACGAAUCUCCACUAAUGUGAGAUAAAGUCUUAAUCACACACUCAAGAGCUCAGGCAUCCAAGCAAUAAUAAAGAUAAUCAAGUCAGAUUGGUCUACAGAGUAUUAAGACUUGAAAUGUAAAACCAUAGGAGGAUGUCUAGUUUGAUCCCUGUCAGAUUUAAGUUUUUGUUAUGGUUUCACAUAAGGGCUUUCUCGUGUGGUUUUUUGAUAAUGUAGUGCACAGUCUGUAACAUAUGUACCCUGAACACAAGGGGGCAGCAGAGGGCAGUUUUCAUGUGUUAUCCACUGGGGUCAUAGCUUGGAGGGAAAUUGUGUGCUAAGAAUUGGCAUAUAGAGGAUUGGAUUUCAGCUGCUUUAGUCUGUUUCAACUAUACAAAACACCUCCUUAUACAAUGUCAUCGUUAAGAGAAUCAAAAGAUGAUUGACUUGUCAAAGCAAAGUAGGCUACUGCUCUCUGACUUGAGCUGAGCUUAUGAAACCAUAAGUUUGAACAGAAGUUUCUUUUGUACUUGUCUUUUUUAAUAAAAACUCGCUCCUUCACAAUGAAAAAAGCAUUAAAUGUGAUGACUUCUUAUAAUUUAUUUAAAAAUAUGCCGGUGUUCUUUGGAGACAAAGGCCGUUUUCAUUAUUGCUUUGAAUUGAAUCUGAAAGACUUCAGACUUUCCUCAGUGCAGACUUUGAUUUGUUUCUUUGUGCCGACCAAUUGAUUCUGACACCGAUUGAACCUGAUUGAACAGCAGUAAGAAUAGCUGUGAAACACUGAGGGCUCUCCAUCGAUCAGGCUCAUGGCAUUUUAUAAUGGAUAUACUGGGCUCCGUGGCCACACACCAGAAGAGUGUACUGUGGAGGAGUUCAGUGGGAGAUGUACGCUACAGUUAUUAGCUGUAACUGAUAAAAUGUCAUAUUAUUACACAUAGAUAAUGAUUUAAAUUACUUUCCAGCUGGAAAACUUCUAGUAAUCUUUUUAUAAUCAGAGCUCAUGGUGGCUUUAGAUGAACACAAAAGUACCACAAGUAAUAUAAUAAUGCUGUGGAGUGAAAAUUCUCAUUUAAUCCAGUGAUGCCGAAUUAUCUGCACUUGUAUUCUUAUCUUUGGCUUUUUCAGAGAAAACACAAAUUGAAAAACGAGCUUGAAUAGUUGCCAAAACAAAAAUGAAAUGUUUCAUCACAGAGAAGAUCUCAUAAUGUGUGCAGGUGCUCCUGUGAAACACGCUGAAGGGCAGCUGCAAGGUCAAGUGAGCAAUUAGAGAGUGGGAAGCCUAAGUGCUGCUGGACUCUGCAGAGACUGACACUGUUGAUGUGCUUUGAUUCAGGUGCAGGAGGCCGUUCAUGGUGUGACAUUAGAAGAGUGCCAGGCUGCCCUCCAGAACCACAACUGGAACAUCCAAAAAGCUGUGCAUUAUCUCAAGGUGAGAGUGAUUAUUCACACAUCAGGUCUUCAUGCAUUAAAGACAAUAAUUGUUCAUAGUAUGGUUUAAAGAAACUUUUAAAGGGACUUUUUCUUUGUGUUGAUUUUUUUUUUUACCUCCUGUAGUCAAAGCAGUAGCUCCUACAUCUUUGCUGAUCUUAUGCUUUAAAUUUUAAGUGUUUUCUGACAGAACAUUUCUUCUCUGUUUUUUAUUGGUAAAAAGUUCAAAAUGUUUGACUCAGAUCUUGUUUUGUGUUAUAGAGUGCUGCAUAAACAAGUACAGCACACUAUAAAUCAUCUUGUCUGGCACCAACCUCUCAAGGUUGAUGCAGGCAUUAAAAAUGACGAGGGAGUUUUGAUUGAAGAAUCACGAAUUAGUAAAAUCCUAUUUUAUAACCAAUAAGAAUCUCCUCACAGGAGCUUGAUCAAGUCUGAAGAUUAAAAACUAGCAAAAUGGAGUAAAAAGAAAUGGACAAACCACAACUCUAGAGACAAAGUGUUUUAGACAAGGCUGAAAUAAUGUUAUUUUGAUACACCUGAGUGAGAAACAGGAGGCUUGUUUUGAUCUGAAAAUCAUGUGAUAGAACAUAUUAAUGAGUAUCAGAGGGGAAGUUUAGGUUCUGGAAAAAAAAAAGAUUAAUACCCCCUCUAUAAUCUUUAAUGAGCUUGUAAAACAGAAAACUUUGGAUAAAUAAUUUUAUAAUGUUAUUUAACUUACUUUGUUAGCCAUGGUUUUAAUUAUUUUGUCUCUUUGUAUCUAAACAUUGUUCAUAUAAACAUUUGUUUUACAAAUGGCAUCAUAACAGAUGAGACUGUGUAUUUCAAAGACAGUGAUUGGUUCAUCUUUCGCGUGUAUUUGGCUAUUAUUGAAAUUCAUGCUAUCAUUAAGGCUUAAUAGGGCUACUGCCAUCUUAGUUUACAACCUUGGCCCCCCUGCUGUAUUAAAAAAACAGCCAGUGCAACUUCACAAACCACUGCUGUUGUUCUUCACAGUCUUCAUAAAGUAUUGUACACUAUUAUAGUGUUUCUGUGUCAAAUCUUUUUCAAAUGAAUCAAAGCAUUUUAAGAUAUUACAGAAGAUUAAAAGGAGAAAUUGUGGUGCCAGGUUUCUCCAACAUAAAGAUACAAAACAAGAGCAACAGAAAAAAAGCAUCAUUCAAAAAUGAAAAGCAAAAAAAGCACCAUGUAUUUAAGUGUAUGUCAUGGAGUAUUUAAUGGAUAAGUAAUAGAUUCUAAGAAACUACAUUUCAAAAGGAGAACAAUUAGUUUGAGGAGGUCUAUCAUACUCCUUUUUAUCUUACAUUGGACCAGUCUGGGACACCUGUAGAGCAGUGUUGCAUUAGCAGCUUUAAAAACUCCAUAUUUCUUUUAAACUGGUAUUUGUAAAAACCCUUAUUUCAGCACUAUUCAGCCUCUGACUGAAACACUUAACUUGCCUGCUUCUCCACUGAUACAAAGUUAGACACAUCUCGUGGGUGCUACUUUUUGCACAGCUUUAUAGUCACAAAAGGACUUGGAAGUUCAACCUUUAAAAGAAACAUAUGAGGCUAACUUUGGGCAUCUUAAGCACCUAUGCAAGCUCUUAUACAUUCAUUAUUGUUACAGUAGAUGCAGCUAUAACUUUAUCAUAGUUUGUGCUUCUGGGCCUUCGACAAGAAAGUUUAUAAAUCAUAAUUAAGAUAAAGAGUUGACUUAUAAGAGCUACUGUGAACUAACUAAGUGUGGACAGAAGGGGAAUAAACUCCCCAGGCAAGCAAAAUGUUCAGCUUUUACAGCUGUACUCACGGUGUCAUUUAUUUAUUUAUCUAUUAAUAAUGGUAGAGUAGUGUAUUUAUAUAGAAUAGUAUUUCUUUAUUUAGGUAGCAUUUGCUGGUAAGCUUCAGCUAAGGACACCAGCUGGCCAACAUUACUGUACAUGGCAAUCUGGUUAAGUUGCACUACUAUCUCCAACGGCUUAAUAGUGUCAGCAGUCAUUGUUAUUUUAUUCUGAAGCUGAAGGGGGUGAUUCUUUUCUUCUGUUAAAAUGAGUUUUAUCAUAUUACAUCUCUGAAUGUAAGAGAAAUACUUGUAAGGAUUUUUAAUCAUAAUAAAGUGAUUGUUUGGGAAUUGUUCUUUCACUAAAUUACUAUCCAGAGUUUAAGUUAUCAUCCUGACUAUGUUAUUGUGAUGGAUUUUGUUUUUGCAGGCUUUUGUCACUUUUAGCACUUCAUAGUACCAAAUUACAUAAUGGGGAAAAAAAGUUCUAAAAUAAUAUCUCUGACAUGAAACAGAAUUUUACAAAAACAGUUUGGAGAAAACAAACAUGAUACGAGUCUGGCACUGUUGAGGAAAGGAAAAAAAAACAACGUUAUUUCACAGUUCCACUACAUCAAAAUAAAAGCCCCACAAAGUGCACUGUUAUACUGCAGCAGUGAGAUUAUUAAGAGAUCCCGAGUUCUCAGAGGUAAAUACUGCUGAGCUGCAGAGAGCUCCUCUGAGAUCUACUUCCCUCCACCUUGGGUUAGAUUUGAAGACUUUCUCUAUAAUAACCUUUAUUAAUACAGCGUAUAACUGCAAACAGGUAGUAGUCAUUCAAAGUUGCUGAAUGUUAUUUUUACUUUAUGGGUUCAUAUCAGGAUAUGAAAGGAGCAACUUCUCUGAACCUUAGGGGAAAUCCAGGUCUCUGUUGCUGUGCUGAGCAGACUAUAAAUAAAGAAGCAGAAAGAAAGUGUUUGCCCCCCCUCGGUGUGUGGUCGGGGCCCCUGUGGCAAGAUGGAAGAUGUGUUUGGAUGGCAGUGGACACAUGGGAACACUUGACCGCUCUUUAUGGUGUUGGCAAAGUUUGGAAGAUAAAUAAAAAUGCAGUUGAAAGGUCUCAGAUCCAAUCAGAGCAAAGAAGUGUGUUCGAGAGAAACACUGAGAUUAAAUUAAGGCUGAAAUAAUGCCGUAAUACUCCACCAUGAGCUGCAAGCACACUCCCGCAAAGGAAGAAAAAAGAUGCAGAUCUCCCCUGACCCCCAGGAUCCUGCUUUAAUUUGCCACCUCACGCCCUGACUCCUGGCCUCUCUCUUAUGCAGAUGCUGUUUGUUGUUUGUCUCCCUGCAGGUGGACCAGUUGUUCUGUUUGGGCCUGAGGAGCAGGUCAGAGUGUCUAAAGCUGCUGGAGAUGUGUGACUGGAACCUGGAGGUGGCCAGUACCCAGAUGUUAGAUAACUAUGGAUCCACACAAAGACAGAGGUAUUGCACUGUGGUCUGUGGGUCAUUACCUCCUAUGACCCUUAGCAGGACACUUGACUCAGCUCUCAUAUAACUCUUCUACCCCAAAAACUUAUGAAAACCUUCAGCUCUGGCAUGUCAUCCAGUGCAGAAAACCUCUCAUUUACAUUUCAAAGUCGUUCAAGAAAUUCAAUCCCUCAUCCAUCACACUCUGAUGUUGUUGUGACUUAAAUACUCACCUGGCGCACUUCAUCAUUAUUCCCGGAAAUUGAAUUGAGACUCAGGUGACCUCACUUCACAAGCUGACUUGGGGUCAUUUUUGGAAAAACAUGUCAUUAAAACCUAUUUCCUGGCUUCCUCCUAAUCUGAAUUGCAGCAGGGUUGCAGGAAAGUAGGCAGCAGACAAGAACAGCAGGGAGACAGGCAGCAGAAUGAUGCAAUGAGACUGCUGCUGAGCUAAUGAUGCUAACAAUCAGCUGCUAGACUGAGAAAGUUUCCGCUGCUCGACCCAUCUUUUCCACUAAAAAAAGAGUGACACUACUUGAAAAACUGAAAAGGGAAAGUAGGAAUGUACUAUUUACCAGAGAUUGAUCGUUAUCAUCAUUUUGGCCUCCUCAUGAUUAAAUAGACAUGAUUGACAGCAGUAUUGACACAGUCCAACCGAUGAAAACUCUGCUGCAUACCAAAUCAAACAGUGUGGCAAUCGACAGGUUUGGGCAGUUCAGACCAGUCUCAUUAAAAAUAGGCUAAUGUCUGGAACAGAAAAUGAAGAGCUGGUCUUCAAAAAUGAAUCCUUAUCUGUUGUUUGGAGGUUUCAUUGAGGGCAAGUAAUGGAAAGCAAGAAUAAAAUAAAUUGUUAAUAGUGUAUGGACCCAGACUGGGAAUAAAAAUAAAUAAUUUAUUCAACCAUGUAGGAAAACAUUACAAAGAGUGAGCUGAUGGGUGUAAGAGGUCAAGGAGGAAUAACGUCAUAACUUCCUCUUUGUCCAGCAUCAAGGCAGACAUCCAUAUCAGGGAUGACCAGGGGCCAACCUUGAAAUCUGAUUGGCCAUUCCUGGUGUUAGCCUUAAUUCUCCUACUGUGAUUGGUUGUUUUCAUUAUUAGAAUAGAUUUUUUUUCUUUUUCGUCGGCUAGCAACUGUGCAUUUCAGUGGAGUGUACCACCUUAUUGUAAUUAUUUAAAUUGUGUCCUUGAACAAACAUCUUCAGAAUCCUACCUGAUCUAUAUCUUGCUUCCCUUUUGUAUAACACACAAGUGAAAGUAGCAUAAACACUUUUCAAGAGUGGAAAUACACCACAUGAGUGGGCACCCAAGUUGGACCACCCCAGUCAAAAAAAAGUCAAGACAAGCUCCUGAUCCAUUAGCUUUACAGCAUUGCUUUUAUUUACAGUUUGCCUCUAAAAGAUGAACCAAAACCCAGGAAUGAGUUAGAUCUAGCACAAAACUUGUAGAGUUUUAUUUCAAUUUUUUUAUGUGAGCAUUUACAAAGAAAACACAAAAAUUCUUCCUGAUAUUGAUAUAUAAUCUCUACAGUUAUGGUCCCAGUUUCAUAACUAUGAUUAUUGUUUUGGCAAAGAAUAUGUGACCCUGGUGAUAAUUUAAAAAACAGAAAUACAUUUUCAGGAUGUUUUAUUUUAAAGCUUUGUUAAAAUAAAACAGCAUCAUAUUUUUCUAUUAAAGUCAACAACCAAAUUCCACAAAGAAACCUCAUCUUGCUUCACAGCGUGUAACUUCAUAGUAGGUCAGAUCUGUUAUUGUAAACAAUAUGCUACUAAAUUAAUUACUUGAUUAAAUAUCUUUUAAAGACUACACAUUUUUGUGUGCAUCUCACUGUAAAAUCCUCAGAAGUAAAGGGUGCACCAUUAAGAUCAAGUAAAUAAAUUCAAGAUAAUUAAGGAGAGUUUUAGCAUUUCAUCUCAUCCUUUUUUCGAUCAGGUCUAAAGCUUCUUCUUUCUGUUUGCAGACGGUGA